AAGAAUAAAGAGAUGGAGAAGACAAAACAACAACUAGAGGAGAAGAAUAAACUCAUCCAGGAGAGAGAGACAGAUCUAGAGAACAUGACUAAACAAGACAAGGAGAGAGAGGGACUACUGGAGAACAUGACCAGUGAGGUGGAGACCAGUAAAAGACAACUGGAGUCACUGGAAAAGGAACUGCAGGACAGGAACAGCCAACUACAGGACCUGAUAACCAAACUACAAGAACAAGGCAGGGAGCUGGAGGAGAGACACAGACAGCUGGAGGAGAGAGACAGACAGCUGGAGGAGAGAGACAGACAGGAGGAGAGCCUCCCCAAUCCAGAUCCUCCUCACAGGAGAAGACACAGUAUGGAGUGGGAUCCUCCAAACAAUCCAGAUCUUCCUCACAGGAGAAGAAGAAGUAAGGAUGACCCUCCCUGCAUGGGAGGAGAGAGUCCUGGUCCAGCGCCCCCAGUGUCUCCUGCUGUGUCUGAGCUGAGGCUGGUGCUGCUGGGGGGGACCACAGCUGGGAAGAGGGCAGCAGGAAACACCAUCCUGGACUGGUUCUGCAGUGGACUCUCCGAGAAGGACCUGAGACAGGACGUGGGGCUUUGUGUCCGUCUGUCUGCCCCAGGACCUCACGCCUUCCUCCUGGUGAUUCCAGUGGAGCCGUCUGAAGGAGAGGAGAGGAGGAUGCUGGAGAAAAUGGAGGAUAUGUUUGGGGAGGGCUGUUGGGGACACACACUGAUCAUCUUCACCCAUGCUGAGGGGCUGAGAGAGAGGAGUGUGGAGGAGUUGCUCCAGACAGGGAGCCAGGAGCUUCAGCAGCUGGUAGAGAAAUGUGGGAACAGGUGUCAACUUAUCAACGUUAAGGACAGGCCUGACGACACUAAGAUCACACACCUGCUAGAGAAGAUAGAAGAGAUGGUGUCUGGAAACAGAGAGAGAUUCUACAGCAGUGAGACCUACCAGGAGGCAGAGAAACAGGUCAGGGAGAUAGAGAGAAUAAUACAGAAAGAACGAGAGGUGGAGAGGAAACUGAUGGAGGAGAGAGAGAGAAGAGAGGAACUUGAUAAACAUGUGUCUCUGAAGAUGAUGGAGGGAGAGAUUCAGCAGCAUGAAGGAGAAAUUAGAAUAUUGAAUGAAAGAACAACAGAAUUGGAGAGAAAGAUGAAAGAAGAGAGGGAUGAGGAGAAGAGGAGAGAA